UUUAAUCACAAUUGGACCCACUGUUCCCCUUCAAGAAAAGUCCCAUAAAAAUCCCAUGAUCACCACCACAUAAAACUACAAAUCCUUGUCAAACAAAUUCUACCUUCCCACAGGACCUAACCCUUGUCCUCGUUCAUUAUAUAGAAACCAUACAACUGGAACCUUCCCAUCUCCGGUUCACCAAUUACACCCUUUCAAGUAUCAACAUAUCCCUAUGAUCUCUUUUAAUUUCCCUUUUCACCAACAUAACUUUUUCCCUCGAAAAACUUUCCUUCCAACCAAACAAAUCGUUUAGAAACUAAUUAAAGAAAAUCAUCUCUGAUGGGCAUGAUGGAAACCUCCCCUACAGCAAUAGCUUCUUUAGUUCUGAAAAACCUAGUUACUCCUAUAUUCAUCUAUGCAGAUAAGUCCUUUGUUAAUCUUGGAGAAAAAUAUAAACUUCUUGAAUUCCUCCGGUAUUUACUUAUGACUUUUUUUCUUUUUAUCCUACGUUUGAUUCCUUCUUUCUUGCCUUCUUUGAACUCAAUUCAUCCUGAUUCUUGUUGUUAUCCACUUGUCAAUAAGCCACCCAAAACUGAUAACUUACUGCCUGCUAGUGGUGCUGGCGAUUCGGGUAUUGCUCGAGCACUUUCGCAGCUCCUGUCACUCGUUAAUGAUAUUCCUGUUAGUUCCAGGAAGUAUGAAGUUGUUCGAUCUUUAGCUGAGAAGAUUAUAGAGGAUAACCAGAAUGAACAUCUUGAAGUUUUACAUCAAGUCAAUAGGAUAAGUUUGUCGGCGGCUUUUGAGAAGACUCUUAGCCAGCUUGAAGCCGCCAUGAUGGAAACGGGCUGUGACUCGGUUGGGAAUAUUGGGUACGGGCCUGUUUACCGGCUGAACCGGAUUUUGAAGGCGGCUCGAUCUGUUAAAGAUGGGACUUUGGGUGGCUGGACUAGGAGGGGAAGUGAUGCAGUGGACCGGUCCGGGGAGAAACUGGCGGCUGAGCUGCUUUGGUUGGCUCAGAAACUGGCAGCUUGUGGAUAUGUGGAGGAAGCAGUUUGGAGAUGGGCUUCGGCUGGGAACUUGGGUUGGCUUGCUCUCUCAGCCGAGCCACGGAUACAAGGGUCAUUAGUGAAGGUUUCAGCAUUUCUGUUCAAGCACGCCAAAGAAUUGGGCCUAGAAGAAAUAGAUGAAAGUAAGAAACACCAGCAAAUGCAAUCAAAGAAGAAGAUGCUAAUGGCUUGGGUGCCAUUGCUAUGCAGAGGUAGCAAUGGCACUGAUAUAUCCGUUCUCAGCACCAUCGAAAGGGCAGAGCUUGAGAGAAUACUGGAGGAGUUAAUAGGUAUGCUAGAGGAGGAAGAAGAUCAAGAGCAAGUCUUGUCCAUAUGGCUGCACCAUUUCACAUAUUCCCCUACUUGUGAUUGGCCUAAUCUUAGAGCCUCAUAUAGUCAUUGGUGCACUACUUCGCGUAAGCUCCUGAUUCUCCAGUGAAAGAGUGCUCUAUUUAUUAGAGAAGCAAUAGGACCACUUAGGCGUAACCCACCAGUUUUAGCCCCGCGAAUUGCUUGGCGCAUGGCAUUAAGCAACCGGCCAUAUGUUAAUCCAGGCUCAUUUUCCACUGCCUGUAUAAAGCUGUAGGUCAAGGCACCUGUUGCAGCAUUGCCUGCCAACGCCUGUACAUGACUCAAGCUAUCAUUGUAAGAUAGUGUAAUGUUUCUGGUCUGAACAGUACAUUUUGAACACAAAUAAGAUGACUGAAAGGAUAAUGAAAUGAAGCAUGACCUUAUGUAAUUGGAAAUAUAAAUCUUGCCCUGUAUAAUUUAGUUAUUGUCAAUGUAAUACACCUAGGCAGGUUUUGUAUGAAUUUUUACGUCUAGAAAAUAGUUUUUGUUAAUGUCCUGAUCAAUAAAGUGAAAACAAGUUCACUUUCUUAAGGUUAA